AUGGAACCCCUGGGCCGGGCACAAGUGCCGGCCAAGGGAUGGUCAUGCAGCUUCGAUGAAGCUAUGGAACUUCUCAAGAAGUGGUAUGAUGACUCUCAGAAGCCCUUCUUUAAAAAGAAAGACCUGGAGAAAAUCUCCAAUCAGCUCAAUCGCCUGUACAAUACCCAGAGAAGAAAUACUACUCAGAAGCAAUUGAUUUCUGUGAGAGGUCUAAGUAAAUCAACAAUCCUCUAUGAAGUGAGGACUGGGCAAGUCAUCACUGAAGAGGAACACAAACAGGAAUGGGAGAUGCAGCAGCCGAAGCUCCGGUACCUUUGCUAUGACCAAAUCACGUCGCUGGUGGAAGAUGGGGAUAUGGCACUGGUAGAGGCUUUCUUCCCGUUGCAAAUUGACCAUCUUGCGCUCAAGCGGGCGAUCGAUACCAAGCUUCCGGUCCUACCCGACUAUGUUCAGAACACCGUGCCUGUGGAUGAGUUCCUGCAAGGUGCUCUGGAGACCUGGAAAAUUCAUAUGAAUGGGAAAAGCUUGAGUCCCUUCUCAAGCUUGUCACUUCUUACAAAAUCACGAAACGCAUCUGGAUCAAUGGAAUUUGGUCUCGGUGGCUCACAAAUCACCAUGCGCAGCGCAAUCCAGCAUUCAUUGAUGAUAUCUCUUAAGGAGUCACUUGAAGAAAAGACCAACCAAAAUAUCAACUGCUAUUCACAAGACCCUCGCGACACAGCUAUCGACAACAGGGAUCUUGGGCAAUAUGGCUGCGAAGUUUCGGAAGACCCUCAAGCUUUGCUUCAAAUCGACAACGAUUGCAUUCUCUUUUCCUGCUGUCCAUCUCUCCCGUUGAAGGAGAUCACGGUAGACUUUGGUCGACCUGCCAUGCUUAUUUGGGAUCGAGUUAACAUGGGAGCCUACGGUGAAUGGUCCCCUAGAUCCAACCCAAACUCACACCGCGUACUGAACAUGAUUGAGAACGAGUAUGAUUGCCACGAGUUCUGGGAUUUACAUAAGAAAGAGGCUGCUCCUUUUGGAUCUCAUCUUACUAUUUACAUCCGCCGUCAGGCAGAGUAA